CAUCAAAACCAUAUCUAAUGGCAUCAAAAGGUUUUUCCUCCAUUACCACAAUAUUUACUCUCCUUAUAAUCAUUCUCCUGAUCCCUCCCCAAUUUCAGGUGGUUUCAUCAUCAAAGUCAUCUCCGUUUCGGUUUAUCAAGAAUCUCCAAGGAAGUCAAAAGGGAGACCAUGUCAAAGGCCUCCGUCAUCUCAAAGAAUACCUCGAGAGGUUUGGCUACUUAAACCACAACAACAAAACCCACAAGGACGAUGAUUAUUUCGACGAAAGCUUGGAGUCGGCAAUCGAAACCUACCAGCUCAACUACAAUCUCAACGUCACGGGAGAUCUAGACUCGGAGACAGUAUCGGAGAUGAUGGUGUCUCGCUGUGGUGUGGCAGAUAUAGUAAACGGCUACAGUCGGAUGGAAUCGGGCAAGAAAAGGCCAAAAAACCACGUCCAUGCAGCAGGAAGCAGCUCAUCUUCAUUGAACACAGUUGGUCACUAUUCAUUUUUCCCAGGUAUGCCGAGAUGGCCACCUAAUAAGUUCCAUUUGACGUAUGCUUUUCUUUAUGGCACACCAUUCAUAGCCAUGCCUCCAGUCCAUCGAGCCUUCCGAGCAUGGGCUGCAAACACAGCCUUCAGUUUCUCUCUGUUUCAAGGGUUUGGUGGAAACGGCCGCCGCCCGGAUCUCACAAUUAGCUUCCAGAGGGGGUCUCAUGGAGAUGGAGCCCCUUUCGAUGGACCCGGAGGAACCCUAGCUCAUGCUUUUGCACCCACCGACGGAAGGUUCCAUUACGACUCCGACGAGGAGUGGACCGUCGGUGGUGUUCCUGGUACUUACGAUUUGGAGACGGUUGCUUUGCAUGAGAUUGGACACCUUCUUGGGUUGGAUCAUAGCUCGGUGCCAAAUGCUAUUAUGUUUCCCGUUAUUCCUGCUGGUCAGACCAAGGGUUUGCAUAAUGACGAUAUCCAAGGAAUUAGAUAUUUAUACGGCUAUAAGUAAACAUUAAUCUUCCUUCUUUAACUGUUAAUUUCAAAAAAUAAUUGGAGUCACAACCUUGUGAAACUAGCUCCUAGCUACUAGCUAGAGGAAGAAUAAAAGAAAGGUACUCUUAAUUAGCUAAAAUAAUUUUCUCUAAGUUUCAAGAAGGAUACGUAGAUAUUGGAAAUGAUCUAUAUCCAACAAUAACUUGAAGUUCUUGUAAUAUAUGAUCAUUUUCUUCUGUUCAAAAUGAAUAAGGAUAGCUUUUUAAAGCUAUUCCAAAAA